GCCUCUAACGCUAGUGUAUUCUCCAAUCAACGUACAUCACGCCAUGCACGGACCACUAUACAGGUACCUAGACAAUCCUUUGUUAGUGGUUGCGGUUGCCUCGUCGUGGUAAUGUCAAUAAAAAAAAAGUUAACAAUUGACCAGGAUCUACAGAAGCCUACCCACUUACAACUCACAACUUGGUGCAACUAACUCUUUCUCAACCGCGAUACUUGCCAACUCGCUUCUUCUCUUCGCAACUUAUACCAACAGCCAUCAUGGCUUCAGACUUGGGCCAGAUAGCCCAGUUGUUGGAUGCGACCCUUGACUCUGCUAAACAUAGGAAAGCUGAGGCCGAGCUCAAGAAGGAAGAAAAGAAACCAGAGUUUGCCCUAUCGCUUCUCAAGAUCGUCGCGACCGAGAAUCUCGAACCCAAGAUCCGACUCUCUGGAGCACUCUGCUUUAAGAACUUCAUCCGCCACAACUAUGUCGACGAUGAAGGAAACUACAAACUCCCUAUCGCCGAAGUUAAUACGAUAAAGCAAGAGCUUAUUGGGCUCAUGAUCGCUUGCCCCGCUACCAUCCAAACACAGCUUGGGGAAGCUAUCAGCAUCAUUGCUGACUCCGACUUCUGGCUGAGAUGGGAAUCUCUCGUCCCCGACCUCGUAUCACGCUUUACGCCCGAUAACUUCAAAGUCAACAAUGGAGUAUUGGAAGUCGCACAUUCCAUAUUCGUUAGGUGGCGACCCUUAUAUCGCUCUGAUGACCUUUACGCCGAGAUCAACCAUGUACUAGGCAUCUUCGCCGUUCCCUUCUUGAAUCUCUUGAACGCUACGGAUCAACAGAUCACUGCUAACGCCAACAACAAAGAAGCCUUGAAAGGUUACUUUGAUACGAUGAGUUUGCUCAUUAAGGUAUUCUAUGACCUAUCCUGCCAGGAUAUGCCCCCCCAAUUCGAAUCGGCCCUAGAACACAUCUCGACCCUUCUCCAUAAGUACUUGACCUACGAGAACCCACUACUAGCGACGGAUGAUGAUUCAGAAGCCGGUGUGAUAGAAGUAGUCAAGGCCGACAUCUGCGAAGCUUUGCAACUAUAUGUGACCAAAUUCGACGAUGAUUUUGGUAGAUUUACCCAAGUUUUCGUCGAAAGCGCGUGGAACUUGCUCUCCUCGAUCGGUCCCGAGACCAAGUACGACAACCUCGUUAGUAAAGCACUUCACUUCUUAACGGCGAUUGCGGCCUCUCCACACUCGGCCUCCUUUAAUAACGAAGGUGUUUUGGGCCAAGUUGUAGAGAAAGUGAUCCUACCUAAUGUCGCACUAAGAGAGUCUGAUAUCGAGUUAUUUGAAGAUGAGCCUAUUGAGUUUAUUCGGCGUGAUCUCGAGGGGUCGGAUACCGAUUCUAGACGAAGAGCAGCCACCGACUUCCUCCGGCAACUCCAAACCAAGUUCGAAGAAUUGGUCACAAACGUUGCAGGACGAUAUAUCAAUCACUAUCUAGAGCAAGGCAAAUCCAAUUGGAAGGACAAGGACACGGCUAUCUCGCUCUUCCUUUCCGUUGCGGCUAAAGGUGCUGUGACAGCAGCGCAUGGCGUUAGAACAGUCAAUCAAUUGGUUAAUGUGGUCGACUUUUUCCAGCAACACAUUGCAAAUGACCUGGUCUCAGACGCGGGCGUUGAGCCGAUUUCCAAAGUUGACGCUAUCAAGUACCUGUAUACGUUCCGAAGUCAGUUGACGAAAGAACAAUGGCAAGCUGCGUUCCCCCCUUUGAUUCAGAAUAUGGCGUCUUCGAACUACGUCGUCUACACAUAUGCUGCUAUCUGCGUUGAGAGACUUCUAUACUUGACCGACGACUCUGGUGUUCGCUUUUUCACCAGGGCCGACAUCCAACCCUUUGCGAAAGAUUUGCUUGAUCAUCUCUUCAAGCUCGUAGAAAAGGAGAGUUCUCCGGCGAAAAUGCAAGAGAACGAAUUCCUCAUGCGUUGUAUCAUGCGUGUGCUCAUCGUUAUGAAUACCGGAAUCCUCAGUUUUGUUGAUAUGAUUCUCGGUCAUCUAGUAACAAUCACAAACACCAUCAAGGCUAACCCAAGCAACCCGCGUUUCUAUUAUUAUCACUUUGAAGCUUUGGGUGUUGUUGUGAGUCACGGCUCAUCUUCCGGAACAUCAACAUUGGAGACUAUUCUAUGGGACCCAUUCGAUAAGAUCAUCACAGAAGAAGUUAAUGAGUUCAUCCCAUAUGUGUUCCAACUUCUGGCGAAAUUGCUUGAGCUUAAUCCGUCUGGAGCACUUCCUACUCAUUUCCAAGCCCUUGUAUCCCCCUUGAUGAUGCCGACUCUUUGGGAAACGAGAGGAAAUGUCCCAGCUCUCACAAGACUCUUGGCCGCUAUCCUACCCAGGGCCUCUGGCUCCAUUGUAGCAGAAAACCAAUUACAGUCAGUUUUAGGUAUCUUCCAGACGCUCCUUGCAGGCAAGAAAACAGAGCAAAAUGCAUUCGAUCUACUAGAAUCGAUCGUUUUAUCGAUCAACAGGGCUGCUCUCGAACCAUAUUUCAAGCAAAUAUUAAGCCUCCUUUUCAUCAAACUCCAGAAUAACCCAUCCGACUCGUACAAGUCGCGAUUCGUACGAUUCUACCACCUAGUUUCAUCUAGAGUGGAGAAUGGUCUAGGUGCUGAUUUCUUCAUCAGCCAAGUAGACCUAGUCCAAAAUAACCUCUUUGUUCAGAUUUAUCUGAAUAUUAUCAUCCCAACUUCACCAACUCUUGUUCGCCCAAUCGACCGCAAGCUUGCGGUUAUAUCCUUUGCGAAGUCGAUGGGAGAUAGUGCUGCUUUCGCCCAACGCUAUCAGAAGGGAUGGCGAUUUACAUGCGAAACGAUGCUGACGCUGCUGGCGAACGCUCCUCAAGUUGCAAGCGGUGUGGGUGACGAUAUAGUUAACGAGGCAGACGUCGAUGAUAUUGGUUUCGGUCUCGGCUUCACUGCUCUCAACACCUGUAAAAAGUCUACCGUGGAUUUCUACCCCGAGGUCCAAGACGUCAAACUUUGGUUACGUCAAUAUUUGACUGAUGCCAACACUCGACACAAUGGGGCCAUUGCCAGUUACAUGGAUCGACUCACGGACGAAGGAAAACAAGCAUUGGCGCUCUACGUAGGCUAGAUGCUUGUUGACCAGAACAAGGUAGACCAAAAAAAUAACGGUACAACCCGAUCUAUCGACGGACGAAUGAGAAACGAGCAAGCAUUUUAAGGCCCUUUGGGCAAGAUUUGGAGCAAUUUAUACUGCGUGUUCCUUUUCCAUGCCACGGGUUCCUGCUUAUGUACGCCACCGAUCUAGUUCGAGGAGACACAUCUCUACCCUAGGGAAUUAGAGGGCAAGUGAUAUUAAAAAGGUAGCGCCAGACAUAUGGAUUUUGCUAUACCACAUGUAGGUAGUUAAUCACAGAUCGUCGAGUUCUAGUACUAUGGUAUUUCAUAAAUGUGCUACAUUAAAGUAACUCGUAAUUUGGACCCCAAUCUUCAAUUAGGAACAUUGAAGAUUAGACCGGCGACCACGUACUAACCAAAGAGUUUAUUCCAAAGUCAUAAUAACAAGAGCGAAUAAUUCCCAACGAAUUAGUUUACAAGUAGAUCCGAAUGGGGAAAAAUGAUGUAAAACGGGGUCGGCACUUGAAAUAGUGAACUCGGAGCAUAGUCGCAGAAAGCUCCGUUAUAUCGCAGACUUUGCUACUUGUAUGUAGUGAUAUAUAUAGAUAUCCCUUCCCCCAAAGUCAUGUAGAAGCU